CAAUAAGUAACAAUACUCCAUUACGAGUCCUGCAUGUUUAAUGUAUUUAAACAUUACAUGUAAUGUCCACUCAGUGUUUCAGUUAUAUUUUAUAGUGAUCAUAUGUUUUGUAUAUAAAACUUUAUUUGAAAGACUAACAUAUAACAAUCACAUAAAUGUAGCGUGGCAAAAUAAAUAUAUUUCUCUCUAAUAUGACGCAGAUGUAUCACAGCAUAAACUGAAAGUACUACAGUAAAGUAAAAGUACACAACUUGAGUACACGUUUACUAUAGACUGCUGCAGCACACAGCACCGCCUCUAAUCAUCUGCGCCAUCUUGGAUUGUGUUAAAUGUGCAGACUUUCACCUGCAGCGGAGGAAUAACGAGGCUUUGUGUCACUUUAAACCCUCCUGACAUCCACACAAGUGUCCCUGAACAGUUAGUACACAGGCCGACCUUCACUUAGCAGAUCCGACCGAACAGACAGGAAACAGCAGGAGGACACGGAACCACACGGAAACAUCGUCGGCUACAGAAAAUUCGUGUCAGUCCUGACUGGAGCUGCAGGGCGGGAAGCUUCCACAAGAUGGCGCCUCGACCUGCACUCAGAAACAAACAUGUCUUCACACAGACUGGUUCUGACUAUUUAAACCAGUCCUCAGGUCAUCACUCUGAGAGCUGCAGGGUCUCUUCACGUCCUGGAUCCUCCAGAACAAAGUGAAGCUGAGUGUCUCUACGAGCAAGGCUGAGGAGGAAAUAUAGGACAGCAGGAGGAGGAGGUCUGCAGCGAACACACCGAGUCCACCAGACACACAGCAGAGCAGCUCAUCUGCACAGCUUCAGGAGGAUGGAGGUGCUGCAGCGUCUCAGUCUGCCCGGAGCGUGAGGAGCUUUGCUGGCUCGUCCUCCUGGUGCUGCACCUCCUCACCACUCUCGUCCUCCUGGUGCUGCACCUCCUCACCACUCUCGUCCUCCAUCUGUCUGCAGCUGCAGCGUCUCUCCUCCAUCGGACCAGAACAUGGACGGACUCCGGCUGCCGCCCGUCAUCGAGGAGGUCCUGGACCCGUCCGACGAGCUGUGUGAGCUGAAGGUGGAGAAGCCCGUCAUGUUGGGGGAAACUCUGACGGCCAAAGAGAGGGAGUCUCUGGAGGAGAAGGAGGAAACGCUGCAGGAGGAAGAGAAGGAGGUGACGGAGGAGAAGGAGGAGGAACACGGAGGGGAGAAGGAUGAAGAGGAGGACCUGGAGGAGCUGAGAGCUCAGGUGUUGCAGCUGCUGCUGGAGCUGGACGAGACCAGAGAGGUUUCCCAGCGACAUGAGGAGAGUUUCCUGGAGCUGCAGGGUCUGUUAGAAGAUGAGCGACUGGCGAGCGCUCAUCAGGCCGAGAGCUUCACCAGACAGAUCCAGAGACUGCAAGCUCAGCUCCGGUCAGUUCAGGAGGAGAUGGACAGUCUGGAGGAGGAGAAGGAGAGCGAGUUGGAGGAGGUGCAGGAGGAGCUCCGCUCGGCGCAGGAGGAGGUGCUGAUGCUGCAGCAGGCGGCUGAGGAAGCGGCAGCGGAGAGGGAGAACGACAUUGCCUCCCUGCAAGAGGAGCUGUGUCGGAUGAGGGCGGAGCUUCAGUGUCUCCACGCCACGGCGCAGGAGUACGAGCUGGAGAUCACGACGCUGAGAGCUGAAAUCAACAUGAAGAGCCAGAACAAAGACGCUCACAGACCCGGUGACGUGGGUCAGCUGAAGGAGGAGUUUGUCUCUCUGACGGAUGAACGUCACACUCUGACCAGCGACAACAAAGAACUGAACAGCAAACUGGAGCAACUGCAGCAGCAACGAGACACGUGUGAUGAUGUGUACCUGGCAGUCAGGGUGGAGGGCGACACUAAGCGUGAGCAGGACGACCAGGUGAAGGCCGACUCUUACAUCACCUUGUCUCAGUGUGGUCCUGAACACACAGAGGAUCCGGACUCCUCAUCAGUCCAAGAGAAGGUCUGCAGCCCGGAGAUCAACAUCCUGAAGGUCCAGCUGAGACAAGCCGAGGAGACGGCUCACAAAGUCCAGAGUGAGUGUGCUGGUUUGAAGGGUGAACUGGUGGAGCUGCAGCAGCUGUACGACAGCAGCCAGCAGGAGCGGGUGGCGCUCGAGCAGGAGCUGCAGCGCUGCAAGGCCGAGCUACAGAAACUGAUGGGCAGUAAGUCACAGAACUGCACUCGUCCGUCAGAGCCCCCUGUUCUCUCCAUCCCCUUCAUAGGAAUGAUUGUAAUAGUGGCCUUGAUUUGGUGCUGGUGGGAGGAGCUGGCGUCCUAGAGGGGACCAGCAGAGUGGUGCUGAAGGCUGGAACCUGGCGGUGGCAGCGGUUGCCGUGGCAGCCAUUGUAGUUCUGGUGGUCCCCAGCUUCACCAGGGCCUGAGGACUACACAGGAAGUGACCUCGCCGGGAAGUCUGGGAUUGUGGGAUCGCCGUCAACCAUCCAGCGCCGCCCUCAUACAUGUCGCCGUCCUGCUGUCUGCUCGUUGCAUCGCUGUGUUUGGUGGCCAGACGCUGAACGAGUCCUGGAGGCAGAAACAACAAGAUCGUCGUCCAUAAAGACUCUCAGCUCUUCCUGCAGGUGGUCAGUGAGGGAUUUAUUGAUCGGCUAGCAGAUUUUCAAUCAUCCGCCGUCCUGAGCCGAGAGUCCAACCAGAACUUACUGUUUUACAUGUUUCCGAACUUUUCAUGGUUUUCAUAAGUGACCAGAUGUCGAUCAUUAACAGUGUUUCCUGCUCGGCUGCAGGCGAUGGGGGAGGAACUACUCUGAUUACUUACUUAAAGUGUAAAAACAUUACAUAAUAAAAGCACAGACGAGUCAAACAUCGUCAUCAAACAUAACGUACUGAACAGAACCGGGUCGCUGAGCUGAAAACUUCUGUUUAACAAAUAAUCCUGAAGUACUGAAUGUUGGUGCUGCAGAUUAGAAUCUGUUAUUCAUUAAUAGUUAAACUUGUUGUCUAUCACUUUAAUUUUCAUGUUACAAACUCACACAUUACUGAUUUAUCUAUUUUUUGCUGGUAAAGACAAAACAGAACCGUCAGUGGUUCUGAUCCGUGGUACGAACCUAAACUAAACCAUACAGCAGCGUGUCCUGUGGGUCCAGAGGUUCUGACAUGAAGACGCCUCCUCAGAACCUCUGGACUUCUGAACAGCACUGAAAAAUCUGUGGCCGCCAAAUUCAAACUAUCCUCAUCUGUUAUGGUCCAAUAUUGACUCUCCGUCCAGCUUUGGUGCGGUUCUGUUUGGCCUGAGCUGUUGAUCACAGCUGGAUCAGCAGAACUCACUGACUGACUGAAGUGGAUGUGAUCCGUUCUUCAGGCUCACGGCGGCUGUUUGAUCACCAGCUCAGCUCAGUGACUCCUCUCUGAUCAAUCGAUCAUUUCUAAGUAAAUGUGUAGUCGUUUCAUUGAUCAGUCCAACAGCUGACGUCAUGUCGGCUCUGAAGUUUCUGCCUUAUUUCUCCUCACUGGGCCAACAGAACAUUUUGCACUGACAACUGAAAUAUUGUAGCAGAAACAUUUGAUGGUUUUAAAUCAUCGACUUUGCUUCCGUCCUGUUUAAAGCUGAAUAUUAUCACAGAUAUAAAAAUGACCAUUAUUGUGAUGAACUGAACGGAUCAUCUUUGUUUGAGCUGCUCGUUCACAGACCAACAGAACGCGUCUGGAUUCGUGUUGUCCAGAAGUACAAUCACACUUUUUUGUUAAGUUAUUUGUUGGAUGAGUGAUGACAGAUUAUUAGUCCUGACUGAUCUCACUGUGCCGGUUAGAAUCUUAGUAUGAUGAGGAGAUUUAUGUAACGCUGCAUCAUGAUUCUGGAGACGGACGUUGUUGUGUUGUGAUCUGAGGAGCUCGUCUCUCUCUGAUGUCUCAGAUCUGGUUUUAUUUUGGCGGGUCGGAUCAACACGGCUCAUAUUUGAUAUGUUUCAGUGUUUUUAUGGAUCCUGAUUCAUGUUUACAUUUAAUCUUUGACCAAAUAAUGUUCGAACAUAUCACAGAUGUUAAUGAUCCUGUCUGUGAUGGAACCAGGCAUUUGGGUCAAGAUAUGCCGUCAUUUGUGAUGAUUCAUGUGAUCAGUAACAAAUAUGGACCAGGAGAGUCGCUGAGUGGAGGGACAUCUUCAAAAUAAAAGAAGUUCCAGUUAAAAUAGAAGCAGCAGCGAUACGACACGGGUCAGAGUUCAGAGCAGAACCUUCUGUUCUGUGUUCUGAAGAGAAAAACACUGACUGUGAUGAAGUGAAGGGCAUUAACAUGACGGAGCCUUCAACUAACUGUAAGAACAUUAAAUCAACUCAUUAUUUAUUCAGUACUUGAUGAUUAAGUGAUCCACUGAUUGGGCUGACAGGUCCUGUGUUGUUCUACAUCAUCAGUAGCAUGUGUCGCUAACAGCUGCUAGCUCUGCAUGACCGUUCAAACUGUAGAAACUUUAAUCAGUUCUGUAAAUAACAUCACACCAUGAACACCAUGAACACACCAUGAACGCACCAUGAACACCGUGAACACACCAUGAACACACCAUGAACGCACCAUUAACGCACCACAAAUGCACCAUAAACGCACCAUGAACAUCAUGAACACACCAUGAACACCAUGAACA